CCCACCCUCCCCUCCAGCCAGCUGCUCUGGGAGGCUCUGGAGAACCUGGUGAACCGAGCCGUGCUCCUGGCCAGUGACGGUGAGCAGUCCAGGAAUGCACCCUAGAAGAGAUGGUGGAGCGGCUCCUGUCCGUCAAGGGGCGGCCACGCCCAAGCUCCCUGAACAAGGCCCACAAGAGCGUCCAGGCCGACCUAGGCCAGAGUCAGAAGGGCAGCGUGCCCCAAAACAGUGGUGCCCUGAAGGCGGGUGUGGAGGGCCGCCAGCCUGAGGCCGACCUCACCAGCCUGCACACCGUCGACGUCCAGGGCUCGAGCAGCAUGGUCGCCCCACAGCCGCGGGCGCCCACCCCAGUCCCACCUGCACCCCCACUCCCCGGCUCCCCUGCAGGGCCUCCUCCCCCGCCCCUACCUCCCCCACUGCCAAGCCUGGGGGCCCUGGCCCCCCCACCCCCUCCCCCACUGCCAGGCCUGGGGGCCCCCCCACCCCCUCCACCACCCCCGCUGCCUGUCUUGGGUGGGGUCCUCCCUCCCCCACUCCCGGGCACGGGAUGCCCCCCUCCACCCCCACCCCUGCCGGAUCUGUCUGGCUCCUCUAGGGUGGGUGGUGAGGAGAUCAUUGUGGCCCACGUGAGCCACAGCCUGGACUCUGCCUGGGUCCCAAGCCACCGGCGAGUAAACCCUCCCACUCUGCGCAUGAAGAAGCUCAACUGGCAGAAGCUGCCGUCCAAGGUGGCACAAGAGCACAACUCCAUGUGGGCCUCGCUGAACAGCCUGAGUGCCGAGGUCGUGGAGCCCGACUUCCCCAGCAUCGAGCGGCUCUUCUGCUUCCCCCAGGCCAAGCCCAAGGAGCACGUGGCCGCCCCAGCCCGGAAGGAGCCCAAGGAGAUCACUUUUCUGGACUCCAAGAAGAGCCUGAACCUCAACAUCUUCCUGAAGCAGUUCAAAUGCUCCAACGAGGACGUCACCGCUAUGAUCCGGGCUGGGGACACCACCAAAUUCGACGUGGAGGUUCUCAAGCAGCUUCUCAAGCUCCUUCCUGAAAAGCACGAGGUCGAAAACCUGCGCUCCUUCACAGAGGAUCGGGCCAAGCUGGCCAACGCCGACCAGUUCUACCUCCUGCUGCUGGGCAUUCCCUGCUACCAGCUGCGGGUAGAGUGCUUGCUACUGUGUGAGGGCACGGCCGUCGUGUUGGACAUGGUGCAGCCCAAGGCCCGGCUGGUCCUCGCUGCCUGCAACAGCCUGCUCACCAGCCACCGGCUGCCCAUCUUCUGCCAGCUGAUCCUGAAAAUUGGAAACUUCCUUAACUACGGCAGCCACACGGGGGAUGCAGAUGGCUUCAAGAUCAGUACGCUGCUGAAGCUCACGGAAACCAAGUCCCAGCAGAGCCGCGUGACGCUGCUGCACCACGUGCUGGAGGAGGUGGAGAAAAGCCACCCAGACCUCCUGCAGCUGCCCCGGGACCUGGAGCAGCCCUCCCAGGCAGCGGGGAUCAACCUUGAGCUCAUCCGUUCCGAGUCCAGCACCAACCUGAAGAAGCUUCUGGAGAUAGAGCGGAAGGUGUCGUCCUCCAUCCCUGAGGUGCAGGAGCAGUACACGCAGCGCAUCCAGGCCAGCAUCGAGGCCUGCCAGGCGCUGGAUGAGGUGCUCCAGGCUGUCGAGCAGAAGAAGCUGGAGUUGGCUAGUUACCUGUGUGAGGAAGCUCAGCAGCUGUCCCUGGAGGACACGUUCAGCACCAUGAAGACCUUCCGGGACCUCUUCAUCCGCGCCCUGAAGGAGAACAAGGACCGGAAGGAGCAGGCCGCGAAGGCUGAGAGGAGGAAGCAGCAGCUGGCGGAGGAAGAGGCGCGGAGGCCGCGGGCGGAGGACGGGAAGCCUGGUGAGGCCGGGCCCGGGAGGUGGGCCUCCCAGAGCUGCUCGGGGGCAUUCUGGCCGAGACCCCAGCAGGCACCAGGCCCGGCCCCCUGCCCCCUCCUGGACAGCCUGCACGCCCCCAGCCCUCUUGUGGUCUGCUUUCUGAAUGCCGAUGCCCACGCCUGCACCCGCAUGCACCACAGCACCCCUACGGGCAGGUGUGUGCUCCCGAGGCUGGCGUCUGCAGAGGCUCAGACCAAUAAAGAAGAAAAGAGCUGGCCCCGGGAGCAGCGACGUGGCAUUCAGGAGCAGCGGGCAAACGUGCAGUGA